AUGGAUUUGGGAUCCAUUCAUACUUACGCCUGGAGUGUUGCUGCAUUAGCAUUUUUAUACAGACAGUUGGGGUAUGCUAGUCGGUCCGGGGUUAAACAGAUAGGUGGUUAUAUGACUCGUUUGGAGGCGUGGAUUUAUGAGCACUUCCGAGCAUUCCGACCUCACCAGAACAUGGGCUACAAUGAAGACAUGCCACACGUGUACCAUUGGGCAUCUAGGAGAGAGGCGGGUUCCUCCAUUGAUCAUUUGAAAUCUUUUCGAGCCGAGCUUGACAGUUUGGUAGCUACUGAUGUUAUUUGGGAUCCAUACCACAGCUGCAGAGACCGGCAUCCAUGUAACCCAGUUACGUUCUACCCUGGAUGCUUAAAGUGCUUAGACGUUGUCAUACCUUAUCAUCCAGAUAGAGUUCUGAGGCAGUUUGGCAGGGUUCAAACCAUCCCAGAUGCAUCGCUAGCUCCCAGUCGUGGUGCUCGAGGCAACAUAUCUGCACGAUAUACAGUCAUGUAUAGAUACUUGGAUAGGAUCUGGGAGGCUUGGGAUAACCACGUGUUAUCUGAGCAAUGGAGGAGCACACCACGUAUUGCACAUGCACUGCGGAUUUCACAUCCUAUUAUUGACGCUGGUUAUGAGGAGGGGAUUCGACAUCCUUAUCGACUUUACCAGGCUAUCGAGAGUAUGAUGCAUGUCCUUGAAGGUCAGCACAUUGACGAAGCUGAACUUAGUUCUGCUGGACCUAGUUAUACUGGAGGUCGCUUUCCAUCUUCGACAUUGACAUACAGUCGUAGGCCUAGGCGUAGGCAUGCAGCUGAUUCGUGA